AAAGCACAGCAUGGCAUCACACGUGGCACGAUGCCAAAAGUAGCCAGCACAUCCACCUGGCUGACGGUGACGUUCACGGUGGAGCGCUACAUCGCCGUGUGCCACCCGAUCCGCGGCCAGGUCUACUGCACCGAGUCGCGGGCGCGCCGGAUGAUCGUCAUCGUCUACCUCUUCUGCUUCCUCACCACGCUCUCCACGCCGUUCGAGUUCGAGGUCAAGGAGCGGCUCGAUGAAGAGACCAACAGCAGCGUGCUGAGCACCGGCUACAACGAACACCUGGGCGACAACGACGAGUACAAGAAGGCCUUCUACUGGUUCAGCGCCGUCGUCUUCACCUUCAUACCGCUAGUGCUGCUGGCCGUCUUCAACAUGUUCCUGAUCCUGGCCGUGAAGGAGUCGCGCCGGCAGCGCGCCGUCCUCUGCGCCGGCGAGAGCCAGUCGCAGCAGCAGGAGAACAAGAUCACCAUCAUGCUCAUAUCGGUGGUCAUCAUCUACAUGCUGUGUCAGCUGCCCUCGGCCGUGAUGCUCAUCUACACCGUCUCACCGCCCAAGAGCAGCGACGAGGACGGCGUUCGGCGCAUCCUCGGCAACAUCUUCAACCUGCUGGUGGCCAUCAACGCCGCCAUCAACUUCGUGCUCUACUGCGCGCUCAGCGACAAGUACCGCAAGACAUUUCUUGUCACGUUUUGCCGGUGCUGGUUCGGAAAGGCGGCGGGUGUACCGUCUGCUCUACCGACAGCCUACAGCAACGUCUCGGACUUCUCGCGAACCGGCUCUCCGCGCAGUAACAGCUCUAAGCGCAGCUCCCUGCGCUCUCAGCGCUCGGUGAACGGCGCGCGCAGCUCGGUGCGCGGCCGCGGCGGCAGCCCCGCCGAUCCCCCCGCCACCUUCCUCGGAGUCCCCGGCUCAAAGUCCACCGAGAGCCAGGGUCUGUUGGACGCCACCGGAAGGCCGGUGACGGCCGGGGGGCAGCGCGCAGGGACCCGCCGCCGCCGGCUCAAACUGCCCAGCUGGCUGCGGUUCGGGGGAGGCAGGCGGCAGCACAACAUCGUGGUGACGACUCCGGACGGCAGCCGGGAACAGGACGUCACCGCCGUCUGAGGGAGGACCCGAGUGCCAGGCAGAGAUUCUGAUGAGAUCUCGCGGUCCUGGCUGAGCUAUUCACACGUCACGGUGACUUGUGCGUCACCCGAGAGAUUCGUCGCCGCUCCGUCCUGGCGCCGACGGGCUCUCGCCAAAAGUUCAGAGCUCCUCGGUGUGUGUAUCUGCGCUCAUGGCGUGUUCUGAGCAGAAACCAGUCACCUGCCGAGCGCAGUGUUUGCCGUGUGCUCUGAGCUGCGCAGCCAGCAGCAGUGAGCCCGGGCGGAGCCGUGAGGCAGCAGUGAGCGGGCGGAGCCGUGCGGAGCCGUGGGGCGCCCGCCGGUACCGGUCACGAGGGUCAGUGUUUUAUCCAGCGGCGCACCUGGACCGUGGCUACGACCCGCUGUGAGCGCGCCGCUCAGACACUGGCCGCCGCCGCGGGGCGCCGGGCCAGCGCCGCCGGAGAAGUCAUCAAAAGUACCUGUGUGUCGGCCGACAGCGCGGUCGGUAGGAUGUGCGCGACCCCGGGGACACCCGCCGCUUUACAGGCCCGGGGGCGCGACCCGCACCGGGACGGGGCUGCGGACCCGGAGCCACCGGUCACAGUAGGGGACCAUGUCCGUGAGAACCGGGGACGGGUCUAGUGGACCCUCAGUGAGGCGCCGCCAGUGUGCGACUUCAGAGUCGGGCGGAAUGCCGGUACUCUCUCCGAAUGUAGGCCCGUCCGAGCCAACUGUAGUGAGUGGCGAGAUGAGUCAGCGACAAGCACCGAGUCCGAGGCAGGCAUCUGUCGUCUUCAGAACCGGUGUUAUGUGGCGCCAAUGUGGGAAACAGAGUGGACCACAGCGAUCAGACCGGCUUGCGGACAGCCGACAGACCGCGUCCGCGCGUCACUGCCGGACUUAGGUAUCUGAGAGAGACAGAGACGGCCGCAGGUAGUGGCAAACAAUGCAGAGCUUUGUGCUAAUCAAAAGGCCGACCACCGCCUGGCGAGUCGGUCGGCCGAACGGGCGUCAAACGCGGCGGGUAGAGCUGACAGGGUCAUGAGCCGACAGUGUUGCUGGUACGUCAAACGCGGCGGGUCAUAGAGCUGACAGGGUCAGGAGCCGACAGUGCUGCUGGCAACUGAAAGGACUGCGACCGCUGUAACUGUACGGGAAGGCGUGUGGUAUGUUCGCUAUUCUCGCGUUUGAUUUAAAAAUAGCUGCAAAAUUUCAAUAAUGCUUUCGUUUAGAGCUUCAUGGAGAUAGAAUCAGUUAUAUUUCGCAUGGCUUUAUCGUCAAUCAUAGCCCGGUAAUUAUUGGUUGCAAAUAACUGUUGAGUUUUUAUGAACGAUAUCGACUGUCGUUUGUGAUGUUAUGUGUGGAAUGGAUCCAUUGAUGUACGGCAUGCUGAUCCUCCUAUGGUUCAAUUCGAAGCGCAGCGGGUGGUAAA